AUGGCGACCCCGGCGAAGGAGGCGGUGGCGGCGACGGGGAAGAGAGAUGAGCUCGCGGAUUCGCUGGCCGAGCUCUUCACCAACGUCUCCCUCAUGGUCCGCGGCGAGCUCCAGGGAACUAACAGCCAGCUAUCACUACUCGAAAAGAUGAAUCAACGUGUGGCAGAGGAAUACAAUAGCUAUGGAGAUGUUGCAUCUGGUCUGAGAGUCUUCGUGGAGCAACUGAAUGAGAAAAACCAAGGGUUUGAAGAAUAUACAUCCCAGAUUGACGCGAUAGACCAUCAGGUGACCGAGUUUGAGGCGGUGGUGUCCAUGCUCGAUAAGUAUGUUUCCGUGUUGGAAAAGAAAGUGAAGUCUGCUUAUCACAUUGCUCCUACGCAAUGAUUCAUCUAGAAGCAUGUUGUAAAUCUUUUUGUUUUCUUUUUGGAACAAUAAUUGAGCAUAUCUGUAGUAAUCAGAUACAUGUGCAUGGAAUGCUCACACUGUAGUCCUAAUGUUUCCACCAUUGUUGUAAUUGUUGUAGUGGAAUUGAAUAGCCAA